GCAAAAUGCAUAUGUUUGGACACCUUCGAAUUCUCUCAGUAAUCAUUAUGGCUUUGGCAAGAGUGGUACUGUUCAGUUUGGUGGGAGCUGUGGCAUGCUUCCAGGACCUGGACUUUCCACCAGGGUUCCAGUUUGGAGCCGCAUCAUCAUCAUACCAGACAGAAGGUGCCUGGAAUACCAGUGAUAAAUCGGAAAGCAUAUGGGAUCGAUUUGUGCACGAAAAGCCGCAUUUAAUUGGCGAUGGGUCCACCGGAGACAUAGCCUGCGACUCCUACCAUCUCUGGAGGCGUGACAUAGAAAUAGUCUCGGAGCUUGGGCUGCACUUCUACCGCUUCUCCAUCUUGACGCGGCUGGUGCCGAACGGGUUCGCCACUCACAUCAGCGAGGACGGACGCACUUACUACGACAACUUGAUCAACGGACUCCUGGAGAGCGGUGUCGAGCCCAUGGUGACGCUGUACCACUGGGAACUGCCGCAGAAACUGCAGGAUUUGGGCGGCUGGACAAACCCCCUUAUCGUGGACUGGUUCGGAGACUACGCGCGCGUGGUCUACUCUCUCUUUGGAGACAGGGUCAAGACCUUCCUCACUAUCAACGAGCCCCUAGUAAUGUGUGACUUGCCGUACAACACCGGUACUCUCGCGCCAGGCAUCGUGGAUGUCGUCGCUACCUAUAUGUGUAACAAGAACGUACUGCUGGCCCACGCGAAAGCUUGGAGGAUUUACGACGAAGAGUUCAGGUCGAAGUACCAUGGUGAAGUGUCCAUCACUAACCAGCUACUGUGGUUCGAAGCAGCCACUCCUGAAGAUGAAGAGUUGGCUGAACACGCUAGGGAGUGGAUGGCAGGUCGGUACUCGCACGCCAUCUUUUCCGCGGAGGGUGGCUGGCCGCCUGUCGUAGAGAAAGCAAUGGCGGAGGAUAGCAAGAAGAAGGGAUACCCCAGGUCGACCCUCCCCGCCUUCACUAAAGAGGAAAUUGAGUUUGUAAGAGGAACGUUUGAUUUCUACGCGGUCAACCACUAUUCAUCUCGGCUGGUGCGGAAAGCAAAAGAAGGCGAGGAGCUCCACCCGUACCCUUUGGGAGACAUUCCAGAGCUGGCCGCUAAGCUAGAACCUCAUCCUCAUUGGAGACCAACAGCAACAGCCAUAUUUUGGCUGUAUCCUGAAGGUCUGCAUCAUCAGCUAGUGUGGCUGAAGAAACGGUACGGCGACAUCAGAUUCGUUAUCACAGAGAAUGGGGUUGCUACUCCUGCUGGACGGAACGAUAUGGACAGAAUAGAAUAUUAUACAGAGUAUUUAAAGCAGGUCCUUCUAGCCAUUAAAGAGGGGGUGAACGUGACAGGCUACACGGCGUGGUGCCUCAUGGACAACUUCGAGUGGUCGGACGGGUACAAAACUAAGAUGGGCCUGUACGAGGUGGACUUCUCCUCGCCCGAGCGGACGCGCACGCAGAAAGCAUCCGCGCGCUUCUACAAGAACCUCAUACAGAAACACUCACUCAACUUCAAAGUGUAUGCCGAUGAGUUAUGAUUGAGUUUAGAAUAACACUGUUAUUAAAUGAUAUUAUUUGAGUUGGGAUCGACAUUAGUAAGAUAUAUUUGCAUUUAUUAGUAUAAUGUACAGAGCUCAGUUAAUAAACGUAUAAUGACAUAAAACUUUCUAAACAAAUGUAA